ACGUUCAUUGAAAAUUCUCUAAUAUUUUCAGCGUAUGUGACAGUUGUGGUUUAUUUACCACUUCAUACUUUAUAAAAAACAUUUGAGUUGAAUUAUUUGGCUAGUUUACAUUCGAAAAGGAAUUUCCUUCAAAAUUGAAGCCAGGGAUAUUGGCUCAAGGAAUAGAUUCAGUUUUAAGCAAGAAACAUGGUAUACCUCCAUUUUCCAUCACAGUUUACAGAAGAAGAAGAGAUGCUACAAAAGAAAUACCAGAAACUGAAAAGAAAAAAAAAGGCACUACUUCAGCUAAAAACACCUAAGCAAGAGCCCCCAGCAGUUCAAAAUCCUGUGAAGUGCACACCAGAAGUAAAAAAGGAUGCUAAGGAAGUGGCUAAAAAACUGUUGAAAUCUGGGGCCAUACAAGCAAUUAAAGUAGAAAACAAGGAAAGGCAAGGUUUUAAACGUUCUAAAGCAUCAGAAAGAAAAAGGAGUACAUCAAUACGUUAUCAGUCAUUUAGUUCAAGUUCUGGCUUGGAGGAAGAAAACACUGACAGGAUGAAAGGCGUGAGCAAUAACUCUCGACCAGCUAUGAAAAGUCUGUUUGAAAGUUUUGUUAGCUCUCGAGAAAUAGAAGAGCAUGAGAACAAAGAGGAGAGAGAACAUGAACGAGAUAGAGAUGGACGAAAUGAACAUCCUACGCAAGGAAAUACGAUUUACGUGAAUGGCGUUAAUGUAACUGAAGAAAUACUGCGUAAUGGAUUUGCUCCUUUUGGAAAUAUCAUGAAUAUAUCCAUGGAACUGGACAAAAAUUGUGGUUUUGUGACAUUUGAAAAAAUGGAGUCAGCAGAUAAAGCUAUAAAUGAGAUGAAUGGAAAAAUGGUAUCUGGAGUUAAGUUGCGUGUUUCCUUGGCAAGAAGACAACCACCUGUUCCAGUUUCCUGUGAUGGCUCUUCAGCUUCAUGGACGACAUUAGCUUCCAGUUUCUCCCAGAAGGGGAGUCAUCAAGACAAGCGUAAACUUGUAACAUAUGAUGUUGAUAUAUUUUGAUGGAAUUCAUUUGUAUUUUAUCAUUCUCAACAUUGUAGUAUGUGAUUCAAUUUUUGUGUGUGUUUAAUUUUUUGUAUUGCUUAUUAAAUAUGUUUUGGUUUAACAAUC